AACAUAUUUCUUUAAUUGUUGUGACAUUGCCACGGUCAUGGAAGUUCGGAGCGAAGUGCGCGCGCUGUCAUUACAUGAAUAUUGUUCGCAAUCGCAGUGAGUUUUUGCGUCGUUACCCGUCCAUAGUUGUUAAAUUUUCUUUAACGUGUUGUAUAGUUGUUGCGUUGGUGGUUGUUGUUGCAUGCACCACGAGCGCACAGCGUCCACGUUCCAGCGCGUGGUAUAAAUAGAACUUUCAUAGUUGGAGAACGUGAGCUCGACGUCCUGAUUUAGAUAUUUUGGAAGAGAACUCACGCUAAUUAUAAACGUGAUGUAGAUCGAGUCGGUGCGAGCUCUGAGCGAUUCAACUGUGGCACCGUGCGCUCAGUGAAGCGCUAUCUACUGCGCUUUGUGACCGCGUCCAGUGAUUUGUGACAAUGGGUGACAUAUCGGAACCUAUUAAAAAGUGCAUUCUCAUAUUGAAGAAUGCUAAAAGCGAUACGGAGAAAUUCGCCGCGCUUUUCAUGGUGACUAAACUCGUGAAAAGCAAGGACUGCAACUCGACCGCCAAAAAAGCCCUAUUCGAAGCAAUCGGAUUCAAGUUCUUGAAGAAACUCCUUACAAACACCAAUGUUGAAGAUGACUGUCCACCUUCAGUGUAUAAGUCGGUUGCACUCUCCAUCCUCACAAACUUCUGCAAUGACCCUGAACUCUCCACUCAUCCGGAGAUGCUUGCCAACAUACCAGUUUUCUUAGAAAUAGUGCAGGCAUCUGAAAACGAGGACUAUGAUGACAACCUUAUCAUCAUCAGUGAAGCAUACACUUGCCUCCAGUGUAUAGCAGAACAUGAGGCCGGACAAAAAGCACUCAUUGAAGUUGGAGCCAUCACAAAGAUGUCUGAAAUUUACUCGCAUCAAAGCUUCCAAACAGAUGAGGCUCUGAAUAUCCUUGUCAAGCUAGUAAGUAGAUAUGGACCUGCAGCUUGGGGUAAUGACCCAAAACCCUUCCAUGCUCUAGUGAACAAAAUAGCAUUAGAUUUUGCCACUGAUCAAUCAGAAAGAAAAUUCGAAUUAGCAACCAUACUCAGUGCUCUAUUAUACAGCUGUAACAAGGCUACUGUGCUGCCAGGAGCUUCAGAUGAGACAUGGCCACAGAGUAUUUACAAAGCCCUACAUGACAUACUAACAAGCAAAAUUGGCAAAAACCAAAGGGAUCCUGCGCUAAAGUUAGCUGCCAACAUUGUUGACCUCCUGGGUAUUGAAUGGACACUGAAUGAUGAAGAAAAUCCAAAGAAAUUUUUCCUUCUAUUGCUUCAACUCUGUGCCAUUGAAGUAAGGAUGCAAUUGGAAGACAGGAGUUUUAAACAAGCCUUUGCAAAUGGAGAUCUGGUCACAUCAUGCUUUAUUGUUCUGGAGUUGUCAAUCAACUAUAUGGCCACAGACCAACUGGACUUGGAGCAAAGAGAGAAGCAGUCAGUUUACACCAGCCUGAAGGGUGCAUUUAAUGCUGUUGUGUCUAUUUUAACCAAAGUAUCCAAUGACAAAAAUAGGGAUAAAUUACCCGAUGCUGAAAAAGUGUUUGUGUGUGCUAUGGUCAGGGUUUUGUUUGCCUGGAUUGCCCAAGAAACUACCGCUAUGAGGGAACAAAUUUACGCCCUGCUUCCUUUCAUGUUUUCCCUUGCAAAUGACUCGUUUCAUGCAUACAGAUCAAGAAAAUUAGCAGAGAAAAAUAAAUCUGAGGGAGAAUCCAUGGAUAUGGACACAACUUUAAUGGGGCAAGUUGACUUGCUUCGUCUGAUGUUGCCAGCUCUGUGCCACUUGGUGGUUGAAGACAGGGCUAGAGAUAUUGCACUCAACCUGAAACAAGAAGAUAUUCUCUAUGAAGCCAUGAACUUCCACUGGUCCAUAGUACAUUACAAGAAACCACCCAUCCCCAAGUCAGAACGAGGUAAAGUAAAGACCCAACCUGAACCAGAGUUAGACCCAAGGUUAUUGGAAGAUAUGAAGGACUCCAGGGCAGCCAUGGUCAGCCUUUGCAACAUCUUCAUGAAUCUAACAGUACUAGCACCUAAAAUAGUAGAAAACAGCAUGUUGUUUAACACACUUCUUAAAUUUAUAUUUAACAACCUGCCAGAAUUAAAGGAUAUCCCUGAAAACCUAGUACUUCAUGGCCAUCUAGCUGUCCUUGGAUUACUGUUACUCAAACAGCAAGCCAGUAAAGUGAAGAAGAAUGACUUCUCCAUCUGCAGAUACAUUCAGUCUACAAUCAGAUUCCUAUGGGACGCAUACAAUGUUGACGAAUCUAAUGAUCCCACUGCUCUAGUUGUCUCCAUGAGCUACAAAGAAAAUUGGAAUGAAAUCGCAGACUUGUGGUUCUUGGGAAUGCAGACCAUGAGUGGAGUUCUCACGAUCGUCCCUUGGAUAUCUGAGUUCGCCAUCGAAAGUGGUUGGGCGGAGGGCAUCGUCGUGAUGCUCGUUAAAGUGAAAGUGGGCACCCUCCCGCCAAACGUCAAAUCUGCAUUUGAGGACUUCCUCUGCCGACUAGUCGACUCCAACGAAGCCGUCAUCCCAGUUCUCAAAAAAGGCGGAGCACUCAAAAUGUGCCGAAACCACCGACUAAUGGAGUUAGGCAAAAAAUUAUUUGGCGAUUAAAUUAUAAAUAUAACUAAUUUUCUAACUGUUAGGUAGGUAUGCUACUUGUUUUGUAUUACAUUUUUUUUAUCACACAAGUACUUAAUGCUUUGAGUUUGUUAUUGUCUGUUAAUUUCACUUCUUUGGCAUCUUAAUCAUUAUAAUGCUGUAAAUAAGCACUACGGGUGUUUUAAGUAUUGUUAAUUUACCUACACGAUACAUGAAAUAUGCAGAAACAUUUACGUCAUACUCAAUAAACUCGAUUUUAACAGA